CUUACUACGCAAAAUUACAAAUUUUAUGGGAUGAAUUGAACAAUUAUGAACCUUUAAUCCGAUGUAAAUGCAACGGGUGCACUUGCGAUGUACUCGGACAACAUGAAAGGAGAAGGGAGUCGGAGCGGUUUCAUCAAUUUCUGAUGGGAAUUUACACAUAUUUUUUUGGAGGCGUCCGAUCCCAACUGUUGACACAAACUGAACUGCCAACACUCAAUCGGGCUUAUCAGCAGAUGACACAAGAGGAAAGUGUACGUGGUAUUGUGCAGGCACAGGAGGAGCGGCCAGAAGUCCUGGGGUUUGCGGUUCGUACAGAAGGCAAGGGUGCAGGCCGAGGAAUUAAGGUGGAUAAAACCGUAUUAACUUGCACAUAUUGUAAGUAUUCGAGACAUGAAAUAACAAAUUGUUUUGAGCUUAACGACUAUCCGGAUUGGUGGGGUGAUAGACCUCGACCAGGGAUUAAAAACGCAGGCCGUGGUCGUAGUACUGGAAGUGGUGCAACGAAUCGUGGAGCAGGAAGAGGGAGCUAGACUGGCAGCAAAAUCUCAUGCAGCACUGGCCAAAAGUAGCACUAAUGCAACUAAGCAGAUUCCAAAGAAGAGCCCAAAGCAAGCUGAAGGGAGUAGCGGGCAGAUCACACCUCUUCCAGGCUUCACGGCAGAACAGUGGAAUUCGCUUCUUUCCGUGAUUGGUAACUCAGUCUCUACUAACGAACGCAUGGCCGGACCAUCACUCGAGGAGGUUGAUUGGAACGGGUGAACGGGUGAAUGGACUGUACUACUUGCGGGAGGAACUAGCAGCAUAGGCAUUAGCAAUUAAGGAUUCGAAGAAUAAUGUGGCAGAAUUAUGGCAUCAACGGAUGGGACACCCUGCUUCUCAUGUUGUUGAAAAAUUAGCUCCCGUAAUUGGACAGAAUUUUUUUGGAAACUUUCCCUGUUGUUUUAGAGCUAAGCAGACAAGAGACCCAUUUCCUUCUAGUUUAACUAAAACUCAUGUCAUUUUUGAGAUGAUACAUUGUGAUUUGUGGGGUCCAGAUAACACCCCUUCUUCUUGUGGAGCUAGAUUUUUUUUACUAUUGUUGAUGAUUAUUCACG